AUGGCGUCAGCCUUCUUAGAUGACCCAGUGGAUAUUGGCGCUCGCAUUGUAAGAGGAUCACUGCGUAGUGCAAGAGUAUUUAGGGACAGAUUAAAUCCGCUUGCUUUGCCUGAUGAUGUACUGUUUGAAAGGUAUAGAUUCUCAGCUGAGGGCAUUAUCUAGAUAUGCAAACUUCUUGAGCCUUAUGUUGGCAAUUCCACCCUCCGGAGCCACGUGCUUACAGUGCCACAAACAGUUUGUAUAGCACUGCGGUUCUUCGCCACUGGCUCUUACUUGUACUCAGUGGGGGAUGCUGGGCACCUAAGCAAGAACAAUGUAUGUCGGGCUAUACGCAGGGUUUACCUUGGACUGAAAGAGCUGCUAGAUGUGUUUGAAGUGUUUCCAGGCCACUUGCCAGUGAAAAAUAUAAAGGAAGGUUUUUAUCAGAUUGCAGGAUUCCCCAGAGUAAUCGGUGUCACUGAUUGCACCCACAGUCCCAUAACGACAGCCUUGGGAGAGCAUGAGGCUGACUAUGUAAACCGAAAGUCUUUCCACAGCAUCAAUGUGCAGAUGACUUGUGAUCAUCAGUGCCUGAUAACAAGUAUUGAUGCUAAAUGGCCUGGUUCAGUACACGAUUCUCGGAUCUUCAGGGAGUCCACACUAUACCAGAAACUGGAUCGAGGACACAUCAGUGGUUUGCUGAUUGGAGACAGAGGGUAUGCCUGCCUUCGUCACUUGAUGACACCAUACCCUGAACCACAUCCUGGUCCAGAGACCCGCUUUAAUGUGGCACUCUCAAAAACCAGGGCCAGGAUAGAGAUGAGUUUUGGUAUCCUGAAGUCACGAUUCAGCUGUCUCUGUGGAUUUAGAUGUGCCCCAAAUAGGGCAUGUGACAUCACUGUUGCCUGUGUAGUGCUGAACAACAUAGCCAUAAUAAGGAAAGAGAGAGCCCCUUCCAUGGAACCAUCUCCACCUGACAUUGUUGAUCCCAUCAGCACAGAUCAUGAAGAUGGAAGGAUGGUGAGGCUUUUCAUCACUGAACAGUUUUUCAGUUAA